UUUUUUUUUUGUAAGAUGCGACAUCAUCUUGUCAAAAGGUGUAUAAUAGAGUAUUACAGAAGGUUUGAAUUUUACUGCUAAGGUUGUUUUGAUAAGGAAUAGAAUGAUAACUAAAUAUGGAAUGCUAAAAUGUAUCUACCUUUUAUAUUCCCUUAUAGUAGUGAUAUCAUUUGAAUAUAUGACUGUAUAUUGUCAUAAUAUGAACUCUUAUUUCAUAACUAUCGUUUUAUUUAAUAACAACGUUUAUCGUUUACCGUUUCUAUUUUACUUCAUAUUUACUUUUUUUUUAUUGAAUAUAUUAACAGUGUCCUAUUGCCGGUAAUAUUUGUAUGUAAAUUUAUCUCAAUUACUCUAAUUUUUGGCAUUGUUUACAGUGUUAAUUACUAGAAUAGCUGACUUAGAGUAAUAGAGAAUAUUCACUUUCCCUUUUCUUGAGUAUGAUUUACAAGCUAUUCUCCUAUUAUUCUGCUUUACAGUAUGUGUAUGUAAAAAAUCAUUCUUAUAUUUUUCCCUUUUUUAAUUAAAGCCAUAGUGACUCCGUUAUAAAUGGAAAGAAGCCGAUUCUCCUUACUUUUAUGCAUUACAGAACUUUUAUUCAUUCUAGAGAACAUCUGAUUAUGCAAUUGUGUGUACAACCCACUCGCUCUAAUUGAAUGUCAGAUAAUAAAAUUAAUAUCACGUGACCUUUAAUGGCAGGGGUGGUCUCCUUUGAUUAGUGAAAUACGUAAUAUUGAAUCUCUUUUUCGUUUAUAUCUCUUUUUUUUUAUUAUCUUAAAAAAAAA